CUUGUGGUGAUACCCAGUGUAAGCCUUGUGUUCUCCUGCCUUGCACACAGCUUUUAACCUGAAAGCUCUUGAGCUGGAGCUAUCAGACUGCUGUCUCCAGUUCUGUUUCCUUCUGCUCCUGGGAACUCAGGAAUGGAGACUUCCAAGACCUUCCACUGUCCCCUACAACCACUCCAUGCUUCAAAGGCCGUUUCUUUUGUCCCAGUGUAGUUUCAUCUCGUUUUGCCUGUGAAUAUCCUGGCAUGAUGAGGGAGGGAGCUGUUUGAUACUGUUGUUCUUAUUUUGGGAUAUAGAGCUGAGAGCUCCUCUCUCCCAUUAAGUAAAGGAGCAUCUUCAGAGCUGAGUGUUUUGCUGAGUGGUGCUCAAGGCCAUAGGGACCCCUUUAGGCUGCUGUUACUUAAUCAGCUUAAAGAGACGAUUGUGGACACAGCCACAGGCCACCAAAUUGCUCUGUAGAGCCUGUAGUGUCUCCCUGAGUAAGAACAUGUCUCAGAUCAGGGAUCUGGAGUUCCUUGUGUUAGACAACCUCAGGUUAUGUAUAAAAAGCUCACUGUGGUGUGGUUCUCCCUCAUUUUUUGCUGGAAGGAGGACUGUGAUGUCAACCUUCCUAAAGUCACUCCCUAAGGCUUCUCUGAUCCUCAUCCUGCAGUUCCUGCAGAGGUCCAGGUUCUCCGGUGGCUUCACUCGUAGAGAUGAGGACUCGUGUGUUAGAAAUGGUGAGAAAAUCCACGUUGAGCUUCGUGACUGUCUCCUCCUUUGAUUUUCCUAACUGUAAAUUAAGUGGGGAUAAUCUGUCUUCGUGUUGCAGGCAGUGUUGCAGAACAAUGAGCAAAAGCCUCGAUCUCUUCCAGUCUGGGCAGUCACUGGGCAGUGAUCAGGUCUGUUUUCGGUUACUUGUCCUAAAUUUCCUGGUUUCCUGUGUAUCUGUAUCAAUCUGUGUGUGUGCACUUUAGGAACCACGGAGCAGGAGUUGAGCUGGACACCAGGAGGAGUAGAGGAGGUGCGUAAGAAAAACCUAGAUCCUGGAGAUCAGAAUGACCUGCUGGGAGAAAGCUUAAGGGCUAAAAAAAUCUUCAGGUUUCCCAAAGUCUGAGCAAUUAUUUAGGUCUUACCAGAGUCUCUGAAGAAGAGAAGGCUGUGGGCUUACAUGAAACGAGGCUGACCUGUGGUGUUGGGAGGGAACAUCACAAAAACUAGAAGGGACUGCCCAUUGGAGACACUGGGGAGAACCUCUAAGAAGAAGGAGCUAGCAAGAAUCUCGAUUGUCCAGCAAACAAGACCAGGGAGCCACCAGCUGCUUGGCCACAGGCCUUUUGGUGCUUUGGAAAGCCCCAAAUUUGAGAUUAUCUCCCUCAAAUUUUAGGUUAUCUACUGGCAGAAGCAGAGGUAACACACCCAGGUGAGCAUCUAGGCAGUAUCCCCAGAAACACUCUUGACCUGCAGGAGUAAUCAGCAGUGACAUUAUUGCUCAUUUAGUUUUGUCCCCCUUUCUGCUUUACUCCCUUUAGUUAUUCCCCUAGUCUUCAUUGACUUGCUGCUAAAUUAUUUUCAUAGUAAAAUAAGCCAGUUUGCAGCCUGACUGAAAUAAUUAAUUACUACUGGGCUACAACCCAGUGUGAGAUCCUCCAUAGCCCCAUUGGUGUUUGAAGCACAGGCUGAAAAUAGAGUGUGAAAAUAGAGUGGCUGUGGGUGUCUAGUGUUCCCAGAGGGCUUGGCCAGGAGUAGGGAUGUUUUGGAGACAGUUUGUGUCGCUUAAAGGCUGCUAAUAAAUGCAGCUAGAGGCUCUAAAUCUGUGUUUAACUCUGGUGGAUAAGCCAGGGCAGAUGCAAGAACUGGGAUUUGGGAAAUAUAUUUUUAAGAAGGUCUGACUUGGGGUGGAUUUUAGAAAGAGGCUGUGAGUGAAACAAGAGUUUGCUCUUAUCGCUCGGGCAGUUUGAGAUACCACUUGGUGAGAUUUGAGCUGAAAGGAGAGAAAUUGGAGCGAGGAAGCUGAAUUUUAACAAGCAAAUGUAGCUGUACCCCCAGCUGAGGGAACCCACUUUGCACCUGGUGGGUGCUGACAGGUUUCAAGGCCAGGUUUUGGUUCCAGGUUGCUGUAGCCAGUUGUUUUUCCUCCAGCUCACAGACAGAAGCCUAAAGUGUGCUGGUGUCCAUCCAAAGAGGAUCUGUCUGUUUAUCCUGAGGUAGCAAAGGUAAAAUUGUGAAAGGUUCCACCUUAAACCACCAUAAGCCACUGGUGCCUGUUGCUGCCUGUGUGUUUAUAUGGGUCAGUUUUUAUUUUGUGUUAAUUUUGUGUGUUUUUAUUUAAAACAGCAGGGUAAUACUGACUUGCUGCUUAGCAGUUUUGCUUCUGCUCCUAGGGCUCUGAAUCUCAGGAGGAAACUGGUUAGAAAUGUACCCCUUUCCUGCUGAUGCUGUUAAACCAGCAUAUGAGGAGCAUUAGCUUCACAAGAGACAGAGUGAGUUAGUAAGGAAUGCAAAAAUGUACCCUCCGCAGGUGCUACAGCCGCGUGAAGGAGCACGGCGUUGGGAAGAGGAAAAGCAGCUACACGUUUGAGCAGCUGGAGCAGGUGUUUGGGCAGGGAGGAUGGGACUCCCAGCCCUGCCAGCCCGUCCUCAUCAACAGCAGCGGCUUGUACCAGGAGCUGGAGUCGGAUGGCAGCACGAUGGAGGAGUAUUCCCAGGAGGACUGGGGAAACCACAGUCAGGACCUUCACUGCUACCAGACCGGAGAGCAGGAAUUGGAUGAAAUGCCUACCACGAAAAGAACAUUAAAGAUAAAACAGGAGUCUUCAGAAGACACGCAGAAGCGUGACGUCAUGCAGAACAUUAUGCAAAUCUUGGAGUCGGUCCAGUUGAAGUGGGAGCUGUUUCAGAGCUGGACGGACUUCUCCAGGCUCCAUCUUUCUAACAAACUGGCCAUUUUUGGCAUCGGGUACAACACCCGCUGGAAGGAGGAUAUCCGUUACCACUACGCGGAGAUCAGCUCGCAGGUCCCUCUCGGCAAGCGGCUCCGGGAAUAUUUCAACUCGGAAAAACCAGAGGGUCGGGUGAUCAUGACCCGAGUGCAGAAAAUGAACUGGAAAAACGUCUACUACAAAUUCCUGGAGAUCACCAUCAGCGAAGCCAGGUGCUUGGAGCUGCACAUGGAGAUCGACUGGAUUCCCAUCGCUCACUCCAAACCCACCGGGGGGAACGUGGUGCAGUAUUUGUUGCCAGGAGGGAUCCCCAAAAGCCCUGGCCUGUACGCCAUCGGAUACGAGGAGUGCCACGAGAAACCCCCCUCCCCGCUGGCCGAGCACCGGGCGCCCGACCCCGGCAAUGAGACUCCAGGGGAGCUGGAGGUGCCCUCUCCACAAGCCUCCCUCCAGGUGGAUAUGGAAUCCGCCCGGAUUAUCUAUUGUUACCUUGGCAUCGCUGAGGUCCGGACUCUGCAGCAGUGCCUGUUUUUACACUUCCAGGCAAACACCAAAACCUUCAGCAAAGAUUGGGUCGGGAUCAACGCCUUUUUAUCUCAGAACUGCGUCGUAGAGCCCGGCGUCUCGCCCAAAUCCAUCUACAUCAAAUUUGUGGAAGUGGAGAGGGAUUUUCUGUCCGCCGGCUCUUUGGUAGAGUGCCUGGAAAAAGCCAUCGGGUACCCCUUAAAAUUUAACAACUGAGUCUCGUCCUUCAUAAGGAUCAGGGCUUUUCCGCCCCAUUUUCCAUCUCACUCGGAUCCUGUCCGUUCACAGCCGGCGCGUCGGACUUUCCCGCGUGUUGGGAUGCGCGG